CGGGCUUGCGGGAGGGGCUGGAGCGUAGGCGGAGGGCGGGCCGCGGGUUGGGGGGGACAGAGAUCCGGGCCCUGACUGCAGCUUGCUUUCGUCGGAGCCGCUUUGGCAGCCCCAUCUUCACCCUUUUCCAGGGCGUGCCGCCUGGAGGCGUGGAGCCCGCCCCGCCGCGCGCCCCAGCCCUGCAGCUCCGGCCGGGCGGUGGCCGCCCGACCGCGGAGAUGCAAGGCGGGGCAGGGCGCGGGGUAGGUGACUUUAUCCCGCCUCUGUUUCCCUGCCCCGGGGAGCAAUGACAUCACGCGGCCUUGUCCAGGCGCUGACACAAAGAGAGGCGCUGAGAGGCCGCUGCGGGGGAACCGGGCGGCCGCCCCUGCCGCCCAGGACCCUGGGGGGGUCCCGCCGGCCACGUCCGCCUCCCGCGGCCCAAGCGCUUUCAACUCCUCCUUUGCCGCCACCGCCUCGGGUCGCCGCCGCCCGCACCGCAAGUCUCUCGGAGCGCGCAGCUGAUCCCGCGCCGGGCCGCGUGGGCCCCCUUCUCAUGCGGGCGCCGGCCCCUGGGAGGGGCGGCCCGCAGCCAGCGCGCAGCAUGCACUGGGGGGUUGGCUUUGCCUCGUCCAGGCCGUGCGUGGUGGAUCUGAGCUGGAACAAGAGCGUCUCCUUCUUCGGCUGGUGGGCCGGGUCCGAGGAGCCCUUCUCCUUUUAUGGGGACAUCAUCGCUUUCCCUUUGCAGGAUUACGGUGGGAUCAUGGCAGGGCUGGGCUCGGAUCCCUGGUGGAAGAAAACACUUUACUUGACCGGGGGCGCUUUGCUGGCCGCAGCUGCGUAUCUGCUCCAAGAACUCCUGGUCAUUAGGAAACAGCAAGAAAUUGACUCCAAAGAUGCUAUUAUUUUGCAUCAGUUUGCAAGACCUAAUAAUGGUGUCCCCAGCUUAUCUCCUUUCUGUUUGAAAAUGGAAACUUAUUUAAGGAUGGCUGACUUACCCUAUCAGAACUAUGGUGGAAAACUGUCUGCUCAAGGGAAAAUGCCUUGGAUUGAAUAUAAUCAUGAAAAAGUUUCUGGCACAGAAUUUAUAAUUGACUUUCUGGAAGAGAAACUUGGAGUGAAUUUAAACAAAAACCUUGGACCUCAGGAGAGAGCCAUCUCCAGGGCGGUGACCAAGAUGGUGGAGGAGCACUUCUAUUGGACGUUAGCUUAUUGCCAGUGGGUGGACAAUCUCAAUGAGACCCGGAAGAUGCUCUCUCUUAGUGGUGGUGGUCCCUUCAGCAACCUGCUGAGGUGGGUCGUGUGCCACAUAACGAAAGGAAUUGUGAAACGCGAGAUGCAUGGCCACGGCAUUGGCCGCUUCUCAGAGGACGAGAUUUACAUGCUGAUGGAGAAGGACAUGCGCUCUUUAGCGGGGCUUUUGGGUGACAAGAAGUACAUCAUGGGGCCCAAGCUCUCCACUCUCGAUGCCACCGUCUUUGGACAUUUGGCACAAGCAAUGUGGACCUUACCUGGGACGAGGCCUGAGCGGUUGAUCAAAGGUGAGCUGAUCAACCUCGCCAUGUACUGCGAGAGGAUAAGGAGGAAAUUCUGGCCGGAGUGGCACCACGACGACGACAACACCAUCUAUGAGUCCGAGGAGAGCAGCGAGGGUAGCAAAACCCACACACCUCUGCUGGAUUUCAGCUUUUACUCAAGGACAGAGACCUUUGAAGAUGAGGGAGCGGAGAACAGUUUUUCCAGAACCCCAGACACAGAUUUCACUGGACACUCACUCUUUGAUUCUGACGUGGACAUGGAUGACUACACAGACCACGAACAGUGCAAGUGACGUUCAGCCUCGCCGGCCCCUUUCUGCUGUGGCUGCCACCCCCCGGGGCUUGGUCUGGUUUCCCAGGUGGAAAUCCGUCUGAGCUGGAGGAGAUCUCCGUGCUUGGCACAAUUCUCACAAGCUAGCUGGACUACAGCAGCCUUAUUUCUUUUUUUGUACAAACACAACACAGAACCAUUCAGAUGGCUCCAUUUCAAACAAACAGGAAAAAAAAUUGUCAGCAUGGUUCCUGAACCCCACUUUUGUUUUCAUUAGAAAACUAACAUCAUGAGGUAGACCAGGUGCAAGAGCAGGCUUUGCUCAGGUUGUUUAUGUUGGUCCUCUUCAACCCGAGGGCUCAGUUGUGAGAUGAAUUCUUGAACACCCUCCAUACAUCAAGGUUUGAAGCAAUGAGAGAUGUCAUCAGAAGAAAUGUAGGAGAUGAAUGUUCCAUGCUGCUUGUCUUCUCUGUGUAUAUUGUAUGUCAAGAUGUAAGUCCAAUAAAAUCCAUAGGUAUUCAGUGAACACCUACUAUGUGCAAAGCACUGUGCUAGGUGCUAAUCAGCAUAAGUCUUUCUCUAAGCCCUGCCGGUGACGAGCUGUGUGAUUUCAGGCAAGUCUCUUAAUUCUCGUGUGCCUCAUUCCCCCACCUGUAAAGUGGGGAUAACAAUACUUUCUGCCUACCUACCUCACAGGGGUGUUGUGAGGAUUCGGGUGGUCACAUUUGGAGCUUUAAACCUCUUGGAAGAGGUGUGACAUAAACACAACAUUUUAUUCUUUAUCGUGCUUCAUACAUUUGAAUAUUCGAGGGCAAAGGAAUUCACAGUCAGGCCAUAGCAGCCACAGUCCCUCCACAAACCCAAGCAAGUGAAACAUACAGACACAGUCAGGACUCUGUCGUCAUCCCUCUGGUGAUCUUGUUUGAAUCAAAAUCUUUUGUUGAAAGAACUGUGGAAACAUUUUUACAAAUCAUCAAUGGCUACAAAUAGUCUAUAAUUAAUGUGUGCUUACAGAAACGAGUUUCUUUCCUUGCCUGAAUGCACACUGGAAUGUCAUCCUUUGCUGAUUUCUGUGUGUUAAGUUGCCUGUGUUUGAUUUAUUUGGUGGAAUAAAGCUCAGGAAUAUGGUGGACUUAAUGGAAGUGAAGGGAAAGUAUUUGGUUGAUUUUUGUAAGCAGAAGUUGCCAACUUGUAAUGUCUUUUUGAAAACAAACCUUGCAGGAGGUAUUGAAAAGGGGGAGGAGGAAGAGGAUCAUGUUACUAGUAUCAAAGCACUUUGUGCAGGGUAGACGCUUUGCGGUUAUAUUAAUGCAACUUUUCUGGUGUUCUCAGCCUUGGCCCAGUGAGAGGAAGACAACGCUGAGGACAAAUUUUAAUGUUUCUUAAGGAUCUCCCAUUCCCUCCCUUACUUCACCCUCCCUUUAGUGCCACGAACUCUGUAUUUACUGUAUAUACUAAGGCACUCUAUUGCUGAAGACACAGUUUUUAUUGACUUAAAACAUUUUUUCCAUUGAAAUUUAGGUUGAAGCUCCUGGGGUGGUGGCUGUGGAUCUGGGUUAAUAGAGUCAGUAUUAAGGUUUACAGCUGCAAAGAAACAGCCUUGCUUACAAUUACAAUGGACAGAAUGGGUAAGAAUUAUUCAUGAUGGGGUUCAAGAGUCAUUUCUCAAAAGACAGCAAUUUCUUCUGAGUUCUUCAGAAAGACUCUUUGAAUAUAGCUUUUGCAAAACCUAAGAUGCUGUGGAUUCACAGAGACAUAAAGAGGCAGAGCUUUUGAGGCUGUUGACCAUUUAAACAACUGUGUAGGGGAUAUGGAACAGGAAGAAAUGCUGAGGUACCCUAUUCUUCAGAUUAUUUCAUUGUUAGUAUCUUAUUAAAAUGAUGUAUUUUUGAGAGGACCGACACCUACUGAGAAUGUAGUGGUGAAGAUAUGAAUGGAUGAACCUAUUUUUUGUCUCCAGUUUCAUUUGGGAGGACUGUUUGCUGCUUUUUGUCACCAGCAACUGCAUUCCAAGGCCAGUUGGAGGUAGUUCUGUGUGACAAGGGACGCUCCGGACCUGAGAAUGGGAAUGUAAUGAACAGGUAGACUAUGGAGCUGUCUCCAUAAAGACUGAGUCACCCUUUCUCCGCCCAGAGCUGGAAAGAGUUGUGUUUGAAAUUUUGCCUACAAUUUAUUCUUAUAUAGCACUGUUUGAUGUAUGUCCACUCCAAGAGUGAUUAAGUUAUGAGUCUGUAGAUUCAAAAAUGUGUAUUUUUUAUUGUGUUUUACUUGGAGGGCAAGUGCGUGGAGAGCCAGCCUUCACAGUGGAGUUGUGGAACAGUUGAUUCCAUCCAGGGAACUCCCAUAGGAACUUGAAUCAAUGCUGUCGCCAGGAGGCUUGGGUACUGGCCUGGCAGCUCAUGAUGAGGUCAUCAACAUUUUGCAGGUGCAACUUGACUUGGAAACCUAAAACAUAUUCAGGUUUUACUUUCCCAAUAAUGUUAUGGAAACAAAAUAACUGAGACAAAAAUCACUGUGGUGGGGAAUGGCUUACACAGUUUUUACUGGGAGGGCUUUAAUUUUAUGUAGUUCAUUCUUAUGCCAGCCAGAUUCGAAGCAUUCUCCAAUGUGAUGAACAGGUGCUACUUCUUAGAAAAAUCAACAUCAAGAAAUAAGGGGACAUUUUGGUCACCUGGGUCACUUGUUCAACUUCUGCGUUUAUUUUUACUGGAAAGUAACUUAAGGAAGUGUGCUCUUUGAUGUUAACUUAUGCUUCUGCUUGGACAGAAGACCCAUAGGCCAUCUGCUUUGUUUCACCUCUUAUUGUGCAAACAAAUUCUGCCCCUCUAUCCACUCCCUGGGCCCUCCCCACCCCCACACAUGAGGAUUAAUGAGCAGCAGUAGUAUGUUUUGCAUAUGUCAGAGUAGACACAAGGACAAUAUAAAUUUAUGCAGAAGUAAACUGUAUUGCUAGAGUUUACCAUUUUGUUAUUGUAACAUAAUGAAUUGUGAAUGGUGACACUACCAAAGCCACAGGCUACCCAGAAGACUGAUCACAGACUCAGCAACUGGGACGUGAAUCACAACAGAUGUCUAGUCCUCCAGUGAGCCCUGCCAGUGUGUCCUGGGGCACUAGGACAUGCUUUUGUGAAACAACUGGGGUUCAAGAAAGGAAGUGUUAAGGAUUAGUCUCGUGGGUCUCCCUUGGAUUAUUUGUGAGUGUAGAAUCAUUGAAAUGUUUGGCAAGGCCAUGGAUUAGCUCUAGAAAGCCCCUUACAAGAGAGCCCUGAGGUCAUUAUUGACUCAGUGUCACAUAAAUAUUUAUUUGCAAGGGAGGACUGGGAACUAAGUGAGAUCUUUCACUUUGCCCUAGAUUGUUCUUGUUAUUAUUCCACUUUGAUUUGAUUUCCUUUCAAAAUAUACGUGCCCUGAGAGAUCACUCCUAGAAGUUCCUAGAAUGAGCACAUCCCCAGCCUCCCAGAGAGUGCUGGGAAUCCUCCAUUUUUGUGCCCCAUGUCUGUUCAGCCUGGUCCAGGCCAAUUCAAGAGACUGUUCUUCAUUAUCUAUUCUCUGCAAGGCACUGCUAGGCUCUGUGAAUGACACCAAGAUUGAUAUCCAAGCCACCAGUACUCUGCAUUCUUUGUUAUUUAUCUUUUAAGCAUCCAUACCCAUCUGCUCAUUAUCCACUGGACACCAAACCUGUGCCUGGUCUAGGGGUCCACACUGGAUUGAGUGAUGAACAGGGCAGAUGUGCACCCCGAUUUCAGCACAUCUUCUUCUGGCUGGACUUCUGCAAUAGCCUCCUUUAUGUGCUUGUCCACUUCCCGUCCCAUACCACCUAUCACCACCAGGUCAGUCUUUACAAAAAGCUCUAGCCCUCGUGGGGUGCUGUACUGCCUCAGGAUGAGGGUCACUCCUUAGGGCUGGGUAUCCUCACCUCUUUAUUCACCUUGUCUGCUGGAGCUCCUGCAUGUGAGCCAUCCAGGUGCAUCCAGGUUGGUUCCUUUGCUGUGUCCUAAACAUGCCUCAUGUGCCCCCACUCUGUGCCUCUGUUCAUGCCAGUGUCUCUCAUGAAAUGCCCGCCCUUCCUCUCCAUUGGCUCAACUCAUACCCGCCUCUCAAAGCCCAACUUCAAUGAUUCCGCAAGAAGGCGUAUCAGCUCAGUAUAGUCUGUCUUUCCUCUAGAAAAACAACAUUCAUCAUUUCCUUCCCUGAAGACUGCAUGGGAAAGGUGUGCUCAGAAAGUGGGCCACAGGCUAGAACAGUGCUUUCAAAUUUUUGUGUCUAAUGAAAGUCCUACACCCUAUUCUCAGAAAAAUACCUAUAUGCAAAUAUAUACAAUUUACAUAUAAGUCCAGGGGAUUUAGAAACGUUUUGAAAUUAUCUAUGGAUUCUUUAAGAGGUUCAUGAACCCCAGUUGCAGAAGCUUUCUUUGAAGAGUCUUUAAAAAUUGUUGUUAGUGUUUAUUCUUCCUUGCCUUUAACAUUUCUGGAGAGGAGAAAAAUUGGAAUGGGAUGGGCAAGCGAAAGCAAUCUCUAUUAUUAUCCCUGUUGAGGAUGUUCUAAGUGACAGGGGAAGAAGGAGGAAGAUCUGGCUUGCAUUAAUUGACAGAAUAUCUUUGUUUUGACAGAUUUGGCAUUUUGAAAGUGACAGCGUUUUGUUAUCACCAUUGUCAUUUAUCCAUUAACCAUCUAAAAGGUCAAUUUAUCAAAAUUAAUUCAGGGCCAGGUGAGCUUCAUUUGAGCCCUGGAACUCACCACUGCUGCACUGCAUAAGCAGGCUGGCUGGUGCGGAGGUGGGAGGGAAGAGAAUGGAUUUUCCCUUAAAGGAAAAAGGUCUGCACAAGCAGGUUUUCUUGUGUUCGUCCGUCCAUCCAUCUGUCCGUCCAUCCAUCCAUCCAUCCAUCCAUUCAAUUGUUUGGUUAUUUUCCAUAAAAGGAUAGUGACAUUUGUUGGUAGGAAAAACUCAGGUUCUCUUCUCCCUAGAUCUUUUCCCCUCCCCCUCUUCCUACUUCCAGGGUCAAGUUAUUUUUGUUGCUCCUAACUAUGGCCCAGGCUGUUGUUUACACAGUACUAUUUAAGUUGAGUAAGAAUUAAUGGGAGUACAUUCAAUGACAGACACUUCUGAGUCUAAAUGCUGAACUCUGGCCACCCCUCUUAACAGGUCUAGGGAUCAGUUGCAUGUGAUUGUGGAGUGCUUGACUUUUAUUCCAUUUCUGCCAGUGGUUGGAUAAAACUUUCAAAGUUCAAAAGGAUCCCCUUGGUGAAUGAGGCAGGAGGUGCCUCUUGCCUGCAGAACUCUUGCUAGUGCCAGGAUUUUCAUCAUUUGAAUUCCUCACCAGAAAUUUAGAUAUUCAGUCCUUGACUUUAAAGAAUAUCUUUUCCCCCUCACCAAGGACAUUUUUUUCAUUGCAUUUUUAGUGAGAGAGGAAGGGAGAGAGAGAAACAUCUAUUGGUUGCCUCUCAUGCCUGCCUGGACUGGGGACAGAACCUGCACCCUUUCAAUUAUGGGAUGACACUCCAACCAACUGACCCACACCAGCCAGGGCUUUAAAGAAUAUCUUAAAGAUACUUAAGAUUUCUUCAUCUUUAAGAUAACUUGAGGCAGCCACAUAGUGGCCUUGCUCUUUAGAGAAGAUUACAGAGAAAACUGAAAAAUAGCUUGAACAAAAGUAACCCACUGACCGUGACCACCUCGGUCACUCUGGCUCUUGACAAAGCAGAGAACUUGUCCUCAAACCAAAGCUCUCCAACUGCUGCUGACUAGACCAAAUUAGGAUGCUCAAAUUUUUGAGGAAUUUCUUCUUCAUUAAGGGUGACAUAUUUGUGUGACUCCUGUCAAAGUGAUUUAACAUUGAAUGAUCAGUCUCAUGGGACUAUGCUUAUCAUAAACAUAUGUUUUUCCCAGUGAUCUACAUCAUGCAGAGUGCCUGACAACUUAAAUGUUGAUGACGAGGCUGAUGGUUUCUUGAUGGUGAUGGUUGCAAAGCUGAAGCUCUCAGUCCUUUAUUUGGUGGUAUUCGAGUUUCACUGAGUAGGAGGAAAGAAAGUGAAUGACAGAUACUGGGGCUAAAAGCAACCGGUGGUAUGGCUGUGGGUCAGAGGCGUGUCAGGCACACUGGGGGUUUUAUAGGUUCUAGCCUCUUUCUAAAGUACAGGUUUUAAAUUAAAAAAAAAAUGCAAUCUGUAGGAGGAUGGUAUGUAGAUGUACAAGUGGCUGGUGCGGGAAGCGUUGAAGUAGCAUGAUCUUUGUCACAGUUUAUAUUUUCAUGCUUCUGGAUCGUCCCAGCUGAAGUGACUCCUGGGAACUAGGGAAGAAGCUGAGAGUGGCCAGCCCCACUGUGUUCAUGCCUACAAUUCUGCAGUUCCCUUCUAGUCUCUCAGUGGCACAUAGUUUUCAUUUUAUAAAUAUAAAUUGUACAAAGUAAUGUAUAUUUGUUGUACAGAAAUCCUUUAAAAUGUUUGGUGAUACCCCAAAUCAUCCCUAUGUAGACAAUGGUCUCCAAACCUCUGUGCUCGCUCACUGCAUCGAUAAAACUUCCUGAGCAUGCCCUUCAGCAUAUUUGUUUACAAACAUACACAUGCUCACACUGCUGUACUGAUAGAGUAUGUAUAUUGAAAACUAUGGCAAACAGAGGAAUUUACAAAGAAUAUGUUCCUGCACUCCAUAGAGAGAGAAAGAGAUGAGGGUAAGCACAUAGGGUAGCACCUAGAAGGCUGCAACAGAUUGAAGAAUGUUAUGUAACAUUUGUGGCAAAGUGGAUGUAAAAUAAGCAUGGAUGCAUGAUUUUAGGUCAAGGUAUUUCUUCAUUAUUUUUACUUAAACAGGCAUUUUUGGUCAGGGAAGAGUGAAUAAUUGGAUGUCACCUUUACAAGAUCUCAUUUUACUUUUGUUUUUGGGAUCACUCUUUCUAGAGGCUCUUGAAAAUUUCUGAAUGAUUUCACAGUACACUGAUUUAGGCAAAACGAGAAAAGAAAGGAUAGUGAAAGCCUCAAAUAAUACAAGUGCAGAAUGUAUUGCCUGAGGAUUUGAGCAACAAUCUGAAAAAACAUGUUUUAAUAAUUUCCAAUAAUCAUCAUCUCAUUGAUAUGUCUGUCUUCUAUUCGUUUAUAACCUCGUGUCUCCAAAUGCGUGGGAAAUGUACAGAUUUAUUUUCAGAUGUCUGAGAUGGGAAGGACCGCUGUGGGCAUAACUGGAACCACGUUUCAGCACUCGGGGGCUGCCGAGCGGAAGCUCCCUGGAAACAUUCGUUUGCACCAUCUGCGUUACAAACACAAUGAUGAGCAUCUUGCUGAAUGAGGGUCUCCAUGUGGAGGCAGCGUUCUGAUGUUUAUUUCUGGAUCUAUGAGUUACUUUAGCACAGUUAUUGUUAGUAGUUUAUAAAGCCAUAUUCAAACUUGUACACUUGAUUGUAAAAUAGAUUUGAAUUGUGCACUCUGUUGAUUACUGUAUAUAGAUGUGACAAUUAUGUAUAUUUGGUCUGUAUUUGAUGUGUAAAUGAUAACUAAUGGAUAUGAAAUAGC